UUGAGGCUGGAAUUCCGGCUCAAUCAGCGUCCUGUUGGUCCUCUCUUUAAAACAGACCUCUGGUUAGAGCCAGAAGCUCUUUCCGAUAAAAAAAAAUAGAAGUGCUGCCUCGUUCCCUUGUCUCCCACCAACGAUGAAGGCCAAAAGCAAAGGAGCAAAACGCAGGCGCACAGUCCAGGAGGAUGCCGCAUGCCAGGAACCAGCCCAGAAGAAAGAUGAGCUUCUGAAAUGUUCGCGGCGCCAGGAGAAGAGGAACAAAGAGAGCAGCAAGACCGCUGCGCGGUCCACAAAGCUUCCCUGGAGCAGCAAAGACCGGCGGUUGCGACGCCUGGAGAGCAACGAGCGUGAGCGCCAGCGCAUGCACAACCUGAACAAUGCUUUCCAGGCCUUGAGGGAAGUCAUCCCGCACGUCCGGGCGGAGAACAAGCUGUCCAAAAUUGAGACCCUCACUUUGGCCAAAAACUACAUCAAGUCUCUCACCUCCACGAUUCUCAGGAUGUCAAACGGACACCUCCCUUCUGCUGUCGACAGGUCCGGUUCUGGCAGCAGAUCCAAACUCUAUGAACAUUAUCAGCAGCAAUGCGGGGAAGAGGAGUCCACAGAGCAGCUCCAAAAGUACUCGACCCAGAUCCACAGCUUCCGGCAAGGCAGCUAAAGCCAGCUGUCCCUCCUAGUUUGAGUUUCGAUUCCCGGAGAAGUUCUGAAGUAGUCAAGCAUCUCAGUGCAAU